AGAGGUGCUAUUUAGUCCUCUCUGAGUCAGACCGAAACAUUUUGUCACCUACAGACUGUCCUUCAUUUAAACCAUACUCCCCCACUCCUAUCAGCUUAUAAUACCAAUACUGAAGUCAUACCUGCAUUAAUACCACUCUAAUCACAUCAUCAUCAUCGCCUUCAUCAUCAGCAGUCAUGUCCUCUCAUUCUCUCUUGCUGAUUCUGCUGGUUCUCACCUGCCUUCAGUCCUUCACAAUGGGCCAGGGUCAAAAUGAACCAGAUGUAUGCUGCUUCAACUUCCAGAUGAAGAGGAUGCGUGUAGAUCUCAUUACUGAGUAUAAAUAUACUCGGUGUGGCUGUCAGAAAGAUGGAAUCAUUUUUAUCCUGAAGAACGGGAGUCAUGUGUGUGCAGACCCUGGAGUUCAGUGGGUGAAGAGACAUAUGAAUACAGUCGAUCAGCGCCUUUAUGCAAGCACAAAUUAACCUUAACUUAGUCAUUAAAUUCUUUUUUUAUUAAUAUAACAAAGCGCAAUUUUAAUGUAUUACUUGUUGCAUCUGGACAGGAAGAAUAAAGAUUUAUUUUUUCAUACUCAAAUAUUUUAAAGGCUGAACGUAAAACAUUUUCUUAGUUUGCUUGCAGUUCAGGAAUAUUUAGCUCAGUUAAUCUAUGUUUUGUUAGCAUAAAGUCAUUCUGUCUUACAUUUCUUUAUACUAAAGGAAACUUUUUUAUAACACAUUAUGGUUUUGUUUUUUGUUGACAUUUUUCAACAUUAAGAAAUGCAUACAUGUAUAAAUGAAACAGCCCAUAAAAUAUUAAGCUUAUAU